AUGAAUUUUACUGGGCCAAUAAUCGAGAAAAACUAUGUUUUAUCAACUAAUACGGAACCAAAUCAUGUCAUGAUAAAUAUGAAAAAUGCAUAUGAAGCUGAAGAGAGAUUAUUAUUGUAUUUCUGUCACAAUGAUGAAGAACUUUUACCAGCAAUAGAUCAAGAAGGAUUAUUUACAAUAGGAUCAUAUUGUGAUCAUUUAAGAACUCUACAGCACAAUCAAAAUCCAUUCAGAAAUAAUCGUCCACAACCAGCGUCAGAAUAUUAA